AUGCCUGUUUAUUACCAGCCAUCAAACCGUAAAACUCACAGCUUCUCGAUUGAUGAUAUUAUCAAAGCUGACGAGCAAAUAUCUCUUCCAUCGACAUCAUGGCUACCUGCUGUGACAGCGAAUUAUCAAUAUCAACGAGAAUAUAUGCUGCAAUACCUUCGACAUAUGAAUCAAUUGACUAAUGCGGGAAUGGCAACAGCAUUUCUUUUGAAUUCAUAUCGCAAACCAAAACGUAAUCGUACUGCUUUCACGCCAUCUCAAUUGCUAAAGCUAGAGGAUGCUUUUGAAAAAAAUCAUUAUAUUGUCGGACAAGAACGAAAGGAUUUAGCAAAACAUUUGAAUUUACCUGAAGCUCGAGUUAAAGUUUGGUAUCAAAAUCGUCGAACGAAACAUAAACGUUCACUGAAUGAAGAUGGGCAAAGCAGUGUUUCUGAUUGUAUGAUUAAAGUCGACGAUGAACAUUCAUGUACUCAGGAAGACAAUGAUGAUCAACUCAAUCUAACGACUGAAAACGUCUAG